ACUACUACAUUCAUGGCAUCAACUCUUGUUAUUUUCCUUGUUUUACUAUCUGAAUUAGUUGUGGUUUUUGGAGGGAACUUUUACGAGGAUGUCGAUAUAACUUGGGGUGGUGGCCGGGGGAAGAUCGUUGGCAAAGGCGAUGUUCUUACCUUGUCACUUGACAAGGCAUCAGGGUCUGGAUUUCAGAGUAAGAGUGAGUAUCUUUAUGGGAAAAUAGACAUGCAGAUCAAGCUUGUUCCUGGGAAUUCUGCUGGCACUGUAACUACUUACUACUUAUCUUCACAAGGAGCUACACAUGAUGAGAUUGAUUUUGAGUUCCUUGGAAACCUUAGUGGUGACCCUUAUGUUAUGCACACUAAUGUGUUCACUCAAGGAAAAGGCAACAGGGAACAACAGUUCUAUCUUUGGUUUGAUCCAACCAAAAACUUUCACACCUAUUCCAUUCUGUGGAACCCUCAACAUGUCAUUUUUUUCGUAGAUGGAAUUCCAAUAAGAGAUUUUAAAAAUGAGGAAGCAAGAGGUGUUCCUUUUCCAAACAAUCAACCCAUGAGAAUGUACUCUAGUCUUUGGGAUGCCGAAGAUUGGGCAACAAGAGGUGGGUUAGUAAAGACCGAUUGGUCAAAGGCUCCAUUUGUUGCAACCUACCAGAACUUCAACGCUGAUGCUUGUCCUUUAGGAAGUAGUACUACUUGCUCCUCAUUAAGGAAAGAUUGGUAUAGACAAGAAUUGGAUUCCAUUGGCCAAAAGAAACUUCAAUCGGUGCAAAAGAACUACAUGAUCUAUAACUAUUGCACAGAUUACAAACGUUUUACUCAAGGAGUUCCUCCUGAAUGUAGGAACUAGUUCUUGAUCAUGUUAAAUUUCUUCAUUAAGAUUUUUCAAUAAUAUUGUCAUCUUUUCUUUUCUCUUAAAUAUGAUUGUAAUUUAUUUCAAUA